AUGCAGCCCAAACGAACCUCAAGCGCAACAGCCAUUUCCGGCCAAACAUUCGACUACAUCGUAUGUGGCGGAGGUACCUCUGGAUGCGUCAUUGCAGCAGAACUUGCAUCAAUCCCAAAUGUCUCCGUGCUUCUAGUAGAAGCUGGCAGAGAUUCCGGCCUUGCGCCGGACGUUCUAGUGCCGGGCAAAUAUGUCAAGCAACUCCAAGAGGACAAGGAGGGAUUAUGGGAGUUGGAAACCGUACCCCAGCCACAAUUGAAAGCCAGGAAGCUGGUAUUUCUUAGAGGGAAGCAGAUUGGAGGGAGUUCGGCUGUCAACUAUAUGGCGCUUGCUCGGGGCCCAGCAGCUGAUUAUGAUGAGUGGGCUAAGAUUGUUGGGGAUGAUGGGUGGAAGUGGGACAGGAUAUUACCACUGAUGAAAAAUCUUGAGGAUUUCGACCCAAAGUUACCUGCGCAUCUACAAAAGUUUGCUGCACCACGACGUGAGGACCAUGGGGUUUCAGGCCCGCUGAAGAUCGGAUUUGGGGACGAGAUGGUCCCUGGAAUCGAAACUUUCGUUCAAGCGUGUCUUGAGACUGGGAUUUCAGUGUGCCCAGAUAUCAACUCGGGGAACCCAGUGGGCGUUGGGUUGGCCCAAUUCAACGUUCGCAAUGGAGAGAGAUCCUACGCAGCGAAUGCGUUCUUGGGAGAGUCAACUCGGGCAUUGCUAGGGAAUUUGACUAUUGUGACACAUACAGAGUGCGAUCGAGUGCACUCCAGGGACGGAGUCGCUACUGGGGUAGACUUGUAUGACAGACAAACUGGAGCACGAGUCCAUGUCUAUUGCCGCGAGCAGACUGUUCUCUGUGCGGGCACGUUCGGAUCUCCUAGAAUCCUCUUGCUCUCCGGCCUCGGGCCUAGAGAUGACUUGGAGCGACUCGACAUUCCACUAGAAGUUGACUUGCCAGGAUGUGGCCAGAACAUGCUCGACCAUUCCAUCAUCACCUGCGAGUACAAAGUGAACAAUUCCAUCCCCGCCCACAACCAGCUCUUCCUCGACAAGGACUUACUUGCUAAAGCUGAGGAACAAUACGAAAAGGACCGCACUGGACCACUCGCCAUGUUUGGAGCAAGUGGUACUCUCACGUUCCCUCGAAUCCAACGUCUAUUCGAAUCUGAGGAGUUCUCCAACCUUAGUCUCAAGGAGAAAACCUUCUUGAUGGAGCCCACCAGGCCAUCUGCUGAGAUUUGGCUCGGAUCAGGACCGUCCGUCUUUCAGGAUGAUCGACCAAGCGAGAGCUACAUGACCCACGAGCUCUUGCUGCAAAACAAUCUAUCGCAGGGAACAGUUAUGAUUCGUUCCAAUAAUCCACGAGACCAGUUAAUCGUGAACCCGAACUUUAUGAAUCAUCCGUUCGAUCGGCGAAUUGCUAUCGAAACUGUUCGCAUGGCUUUGAAGAUUGCUCGUACCGGGGCAUACCGAGGAACCAUUGAGCGAAUGGUUCAUGGUCCAAACAUUGAUUUCGCAACGGCAGACCUUGACGCGGUCAGUGAUGAUGUGAUGUUGGAUUUCAUUAGGAAGAAUUUGGAUCAAGGUUACCACAGCGUGGCUACCUGUCGCAUGGGCAAGGCUAGCGAUCCCAAUGCUGUGGUGGACUCUCGGUUCCGAGUCAAGGGCAUGAAAAACCUGCGUGUGGCGGAUUUGAGCGUGUGCCCUAUUCUUACUUGCAAUCACACCCAGAUCAAUGCAUACUUGAUCGGUAUGCGAUGUGCAAGGGAGAUGGUUGCGAACCACAAGGUACGGAGCCAGCAGGCAAAGCUGUAG